AUGACGCAACGGUUUACUUUGCUGGCUAGUCUUAUUAUUCUCUCAAUGGCCACAGGAAGUACAGGAAAGAAAGGAGCAUUUGAAAGGAUACUGGAUAUCAAUCUAGGAAAAGGUUAGUUUCAGUGAAAUUAGCGUUAAAUUAGGGAGCUCAAGUAGCCGAUUUAAAUGGCUUGACCAUUGACUAACUUGGAGUAAGUUAUAUUUUGAGUCAGUACAGUGGUAUAACUGCAGUAUUUUGUUAUAUUGUGCUGUGGAACUGUUUUAAGGGAUGAAUUUUAACCCAGUUUCCUGUACAACUUCGUAUUAGCCAAGAAAAGAAGCCAUAGCUUCCACCAAACAGUCCCAUAAUGCAAUUCGACACAACACCGAGCUAGUCUCCAAUCAACCAUAAAAUGGCCAAUGAAAAUGGUGAAAUCUCCCCCAAAAAAAAGAGGUCAGCCAAUUAAUGAUAACAAUAUUUAUCUUCUUAUCGAAGAUGUAAACCUUCCAUCUUCAAAUCAAAGUAAUUGUGCUAAAAAGGUAAAUUGUUACCUGAAUGAAAGGACAAAAAGAUCAAGAUUUCAAAGGUUAUAUCAACACCAAUCUUUAUUCGAGGAAAAGCAACGUAUUUCAGUGGUUUUAGGGCCACAUAGAAUGUCUUCAUUGCAAGUUUUUGUUCCAAGAUAUCGAUGCAGUUUUCGAUUUAUUGCUGGUUAUUUCCUAAUGUGACAUCCACAACCUGACUUUGCAUUGCUAAAGGCAUCAUUUUUAUUUCACUUAUAAAAUAACCUUGUGAUACCAUGUACCUCCUUUGCAGAUAACACGGAGAGUCCGCAGCUUUUGUCUCAUUUAUACGAAGGAGACAUAAAGCUGACAGAGAGACAAAGACUAAAUAAAUUGGUCUUUGGUGAUCCGGAUGGUUCCCCUGCACGUGCGGCAACUAAUGUGGACAAGAUUAAGUGGCCCAAUGCUGUCAUUCCGUACGAGUUUGAUUGUAGUGUAGGUGAGUUUAUAGAAAUAUAUUAUAUAUAAAUGUUGGUUAAUAAGGUCAUUAACAAAGCCAUGGAAAGUUCUUUUUUUCCAGGGUGGGAGAACGAUACAUUUCUUGACCUUUCAACAUUUUCCAUGUUUGGAGGCCAGGCUUCCAAUGAAACCAACUACAUACUAUCUUAUAUGAAUGCACCAAUCCUUGGACAACUGAGACCAUACUCAAGCGCACUCUGGUCAUAAACCUAUAUAAUAUCUCACUAAUAGUGCCUCUAGGAAGGGGAAGACAUUGCAUCUCACACUACGCAUUCCCCAGUGUAGACCAGGCUAAAACAACAACAGUUACAGAUACUCGAGGAAAAUUAAUUAAAGGCAUGACAAUGAGAGCUCAAGAAAUCCGAAUUAUCGUCAUGUGACUAAGGCUAAACACUAAAACUAUUAAAUACUUUCCCAGCAAGUAUUGAUCGUGCGGUACGAACAACACUAGAAGCGAUGGCGGAGUGGGAGAGCAAAACCUGCAUCAGAUUUGUCAAGAGAACAACUGAGAAGGAGUUCUUGUGGCUUUAUCGAGGACAAGGGUAUGAUCAUAUAUUCUGAACUCAAAAUAAAAUCUGUACAAACGAAACUUUGAAUGGGGAACAUGUUAAUCUGUUUCUUUGAGCUACAAGUAAACCUAGUAGUGCUGCGUAUAAGGAGGGCAAAUGUCAUUACCUCCUUCGAUUUUGCUUGUUUGUUUGUUUGUUUUUGUCCAAACCCGUUUUAAAGCUAAAACAUCUUCUCUUCCGUAGCAUUACCAUAAUCUCUGAGAAACACCUUGCACGAAUGUAGUUCUGAAAGGUCACGCGAUAUGACGUCAUAAUUGGCACGAGUUUACGCCAUUUUUAAUAUAUUUUACAUGAAAACUCUGAUUAGAUUCGAUAUAUGAAACGACGUAAAUGCUGCCCUUUCAUUUGUCCAUGUUUAAUGAAAAUUUUUUAAUUAAACAGAAUCUUAUUGCUCAUUACGACUUUUCACUUUUGACAGUUGUUGGUGUGAGGUUGGUAAGAUUCCAAGACGAGAAACCUGGCUUUCCAUUGGUCAUGGCUGUGAAUACAAACACGUCAUGACACAUGAGCUCGGUCACGCCAUUGGCUUUUGGCACGAACAAAGCAGACCUGAUAGGGACAACUACCUGAAGAUACAUUGGGAAAACAUUAACGAAAGUAAGAGACAGAUAGCAAAGUUUCAAGCAUGAUACCCAAGGGAUAAGGGAACUGUAUAUGGACUCUGUUAGGGUAGGAAUACUUAUCAAAGCCGAGGAAUGAGAUACGUGUAAUUUGGAGAAAGGAACAAAAUUAAUGAUUCAACAGUGGGGCCGCACUCGACUCUAAGCGAUUGAACUUAGAGGUUCUAAGAAAUAUGUUGAACAUUCGAAGUCCAAAAUGAAAACAACAUAUACGAAAUAGCAGUCAAAGAUUAACAGUACGCAAUAGCCAAUGACAUCAAAUAUUAUGCAAUGAGAAACGUUUCAGUAUUUAAAUUGCAUGUGAUCUCAAGUAAGCUAACGACAGCUCAUGCUCUUGCAAAAAAAAAUUCCAACUAUAUAGCUAACAUUGGCACUCUUAACUUCUUUCUAAGUUUUCCGAAACAGAAGAGCAGACAUCAAGUUAGAUCAAGCCGUAGGACAAGGGAAUAAUCUUUCUAUGAUAUUAAUAUCUAUUUAUUAUUCAUUUAAAACAUUUCCCCGAUUCUGACUGGCUAAAAGCACGAGCAUAAUUCACCAUAAGCAGCUACUGAUGACCAAAUUUGGAAGAAUUUUGUGUUUAAUGAACCGAUGACGUCAAAAGUGCAGCCUUCUUGCAGGUUAAUGCACCGUUAACCGAGAAGACCUGGGAGCGAAGUUGAGUUGUUUUGGUUUUGAAAACAAAAAUGGCGGACAUUUCACACGUUUCAAGAGUAAGAACUAGGCGAAAUAAUAGCUAAAAACAUCGCAAGAACAGCAAGAACACAACUAGAAGGGCGACAUCUGCUAGUUGAGAAUAUUUGCGGAGCUAAACAACCCUAAACGUGCACUAUCGAAGAUGAACUUAACAUCGAUGGAGGAAAGCAUGUUUUAGCUAUGUUUUCAGACUAGGAAUUAUUUUGAAUGAAUGAUAAAACAAUUAUUGAAUUCGGCUUUCUUAUCACAUGAAGAAUUAUGGAGAUCUCGGAGGGUGUUAUCCGCCUCGGCCGUACCCUCCUUGAUCUCCAUAAUUCUUCAUAAGAUAUUCAGCCUGAUUCAUUAAGUGUUAAAUUUUUAGACAUGAAGUACAACUUCAAGAAGAAAGUUCAAGGAAGUGAAGUAGUUGACUAUGGAGUACCGUAUGAUUACGCUUCAAUCAUGCACUACCCUUGGAAUGCAUUUUCGAACAAUGGCCAAGACACAAUGGAGCCGAUCAGGCCUCUACAUGGAAAGACCCCAUAUGUAAAACUCAGCGACGAUGAUGCUUUGCAGGCGCGUAGAAUGUACAAAUGUCCAGGUACGUAUAGACGAUACAAUAUAUAGAAUUAACCAAGACUAAAAGCGGAGCUCCUUAAAAUUUUAUCCACCUACAUUACUGUUGCUUACAUAGCUUUGAACGUCAAAUCACUUAGCUACCACACGAAAUAGGUUGUUUACGUUUUAUAAAGGGAAGUUCCUCUCGCGCUUUCAUGGGCGUCAGUGACAAAGGAAUGGAGCGCAGGAGGGAGGUGGGAGGGGGCGGAGGAGUGUUUCCCUAACUUUUCUCGCUUGCCCAAGCUGUGUUUUCUAGCACCAGCGCUUCUCUCUCGCUACUAUUUAUCGAAAUACUGUCACGCAGGGGAUACUAUAACCAUUGGAGCAGUGGAGCAGAGCUCAAAACAAAGUCCUGUUUGCCUGUUUUCACUCCUACUAUUUUGAUGUUAUUAUUCUGUUCAAAGAUUUACUAUUUUUCAUUUUUUUUCCAGCCCGAAGAGAAGUUUCUUCACUUGAGGAACAACGAACAGCAGGUAUCACAUUUGACGCGUUGAAUUUUUUGUUUUUAGUUUUUUCACAGAAUAAUCUUGCCCUUGAAUUUCUGCAAAUUUAUCAUUAUACCAUAAGCAAUAAUCACUUGUUAUAAUAACGUUGACGAACACUUCGUAAACAUGUAAUACAGCUGAUGACAGAGUCGGAUAGCGGACUUCUUCAGAAAACAUAGAUUAUGUUAGUGGUUUCCUAGUAAUGAGAUUUCAGUAUAGACUUUGUACAGAACUACAGAACUACUUCUUCCUAUUUUUUGCAGCACGAAGAGAAUUUUGUGGUGACAAAGCUGAGGAAGUUAAAUGCAAGGGCUGGAAAGAGGAUGGGUUUUGCGAAGAGCACGAUGCUAUGAUUUAUCACUGCAAGAAAACCUGUGGUUUCUGUUCUUCUAGUAAGUAUGUUUGAAUUUUAAUAAACGUUAUUUGAACAUGCGUUCGAUUAGUUGUUUUACGAAGAGAUAAAUAGUUGAGCCCAUGGUCAGGUUCUACUAUAGCUGUCGAUCGUUAAAACCAGUGGUGGCCAACUAAACUACUACCAUAACUGCUACUCCUCCUCCUACUACUACUCCUGCUCCUGCUCUAGCUCCUACUUCUCCUCCUACUACUACAAUAGUAACUCCUGUUCCUGCUCCUACAUGUGUACUACUACUACUACUACUAGAAAAAGAAAACAAGGGCAUUUAUCAGGAAAAAUCCUUUUUGCAGAUAGUUGUAUGGACAACAACAAGCUGUGCAAGAAAUGGGCAGCUGAGGGGAAAUGUAAAACUGAUAAAGCCUAUAUGGAUAAGAACUGUCCUCAUUCCUGUAACACCUGCAAAACAUGCACAGGUAAGUUGAACAAUUUUUGACUGGAGUGAACGCGUGAGCUACUUCAUCUUUAAAAUGUCAGUUAUCACUUACAUCGGGAAAAUUUCAGUUAAACAAGUUUUAAAAGAUUUGUUAUAUUAGUUAAUUAAUAACUGAUCUUCGAAACUUUAGGGACCUUGAGUUCCAACAAUGCCCUGUAGAGGGUACUAAAGCACCUGAACUCGACGUUAGCUCACAGGUUUGGCUUCCUGUAGGAAGAACUCAUGUUUAUUAUUAUCGUCAUCAUCAUUAUUAUUAUUAUUUUUAUUCCCAGUCUCCUGUUUCACUGAAUAAAAAAAAUAAAAAUAUUCUCAACAAGUAAUCUUUUACACAUUUAGUUUUCAAAUCUACAUGUACAAAAUCCAUUUAGGUUUUGAGAAAAAAGGGGAGGAAUUGAAAAAUUAUACUCCCUAAAACUACAUAAGACGGCGUGAAUCGAGACAAUGGCUUAGGCCCCGUCCACACGUAUCCGGAGAUUUUUGUAUCCGCAAAUUUUUUUAUGCGGAUGCACCUAGCGUCCACACGUAUCCGCCGUAUACGCUCGGUGUAUCCGGAGAUUUCUGUAUACGCUCUCAAGAGUGGAAAUUUCUGUAUACGCUGUGUAUCCGGAUACGUGUGGACGCUCGUAUCCGUAUAUUUUUGUAUACGCUGACAUCACAGUAUCAGAACCAGUCUUAAUCGCAUGCUCUGUUGAGUAAUCCUUUGAGAUGUCCGGAUACGAAUCGGAUACGUGUGGACGGUCGUAUACGAUUCGUAUACGCUACGUGUGGACGCAGAUAUUUUUGUAUCCGCAUAAAAAAAUUUGCGGAUACAAAAAUCUCCGGAUACGUGUGGACGGGGCCUUAAACGGACACUUUCUCUUUUCCUUUACAGACCCAGACCCGAAAGUUUGCAAAGACAAUACCAAGACUGCUGAUUGCGAAGACUGGAAGCGGGCUGGCUUUUGUACGGAGCAUCCUGCUAUGAUUGUUCACUGUAAGAAAACUUGUGGAUUUUGUUCGUCAGGUAAGAAAACGAUUUUCUUUGCAAUAAUACCGGCUGCAAGCAAACGACGGCGUAAUUUAUACUGCGACUACUCGAACCGAGGCACUUCCUUUUUUUUUAUACAAACGGACCAAUUAAAUUCAAGGUACAACUAUGCAACUGUUGAAAACGUUAAAACCGUUUGAACUUUCCUGACCUCUCAGGAAAAAGGCCUCAAAUUUAUGAAUCUAAUUGGUCCACUUGCAAAAAAAAUUAACGUCUUUUGUUUUCAAAAAACCUUCGUGUAGUCGCGCUGUGAUGGAACAUGUGAAUUCUUCGGGAAAAAAAUUAAUGGAGAAUUAAGCGGUCGGCACGUCGUAGCCACGUCGUUCAGAAAUAUUAAAUUUAAUUUGAGCGAUUUAUUGUUGAGAAAACUUCGUUGAUGUCAGCCUCGUUCCCAGUCGUCCUCGGCCAUUUCGGAUGUGACGUCACCUGUCCAGCUAUCGCACUAGGUUUCAAGCCUCCUCUGGUAACUCGAAUAGCGCAAACUGGCCUGGGUACGAAGCUGCGUCAAUGUAACUCUCCCCCUCAGAAGUUGGUACUAAGUAAGUUAGUAUUGCUGGCGUGGCCAGCAAUAGGGGUAUUACGAAAAUAUUCGACGUCUGAGCGCGUGCGCAAACUUGGGGGAGUUUUCAAACAAACAUGGCACUUUGUGUCGCAGAGUUGAACUGACCAACAAUCAGGUUUGGUAAAGGUAAUAAAUAAAUUUAAAAGUUGUCAUUUCCAGCGCAAGCCCUAGCCCACCAUAGCUAUUAAGACCUUUUUAUAAGGCGCAUAAACUUUAAUCGACUUCUGAAGUUAAAAAAAAGAGAUUCCCAUGUCAAAGAAAGGAAACUUCUAAUAAACAUAACAAGUGAACUCAUUCUGUAUUUCCUUUAUGAAUACAAUAGAUUACUGUGUCGAUCUUAAGUCUGACUGCAAAACGCGAGCUCAGAGAGGUGAUUGCUCCUCAGACUCAGGCAAAAUGGAGAGGGAAUGUCCCCACACAUGCGGUUUCUGUGAUGAGUGUUCAAGUGAGUGAUAGGAAAGUUAACUUUCUAAAAGGGCAAUACUUUUGAGCAAACGAUUCAGACAAGUGCCCAUUCAAUAUGGAUGCGCUGGUGACGAGGCACCAUUACAGAUUGAUUCCCCUUAUUUGACCUAAUCCGUGUAUAACAAGCCCUAUAAAGUUCAAAUCAUGAUUGAACAAAAGCAUAACUUAUUUCCCUUCUCUUACGAUUUCGAAGGCUCAAGCUCAAAAAAUAGUUUCAAUUAAGUAAAAAUCCGUGCACUAAAAAAAUUAAUAUCAGCUAAGUCAAGAUUAGUAAGUCUCUUGUAACACUGCAAGAAUGAUCAAAGUGAAGAGAGGUCAGACUUUAAGCAAAUCGGUUCAGAAACCCAUCAAGUCACAUUCAUUUUUGAUUAGUAAAAAAAAUUGCUAACACUUUCAAGAGCAAACAACUGAGGUUUCUCUAAACGCCAUUAACCCUUGGUCUACUCAGAAUAAACGCCCUUAAACUCCAUUCAAGUCUUCAGCAUUUGCUUGUUUUGUUUUCUUUCGUGUAGAGCCAAAGCCAACCGUGGGACCAACAAACUUUCCUACACUUCCAACACAUUUGUCCAACAGGACUGGAGUGGGUGAGUCAAAUUAAUAACAACAAACAUGAGGCAAUUCAAUUUCGCCUUAGUUACGACUCUUAAGCAAAACCUCCCAAUGUGGUUUAUGAUUCACAUGCACCUUCACAACUUCAACGUCUGACAAUCACUAAAACUACCAGCAGUCGAGUGUUAGUGUUCGGCAUUUAUGUAUGGGGGAAAGAUAAUACUUUGAAAGAACUCUUUGAAAGCUUUCACCGAGAUGUUAUAAAACAGAAACUACCUUUGAAAAAGAGUAUCUUUACUGACUGACACCUCAAAACCUCAAACUCAGCUCAAAUCUUCUAAUACGUUACGGAAAUAACAUCAUGGUCCGAAAGCAAAGGCCGUCCUAAUUAUUUAAUCUUUUCAAUCACUCUGAAUUUUAAUAGACCUGAUAUGUAAGGACAUAAGGGAGGAAUGCCAACAAUAUGCUGCAAUGGGGCAGUGCGUCACCAAUGGCUGGACUGAGGAAAACUGUCGAAUCAGCUGCAAAACCAAGUGUGAUACGUAUCCUGUUAAACCAAACGGUAAACAAGUUACGACAAGAGAUCAUGAUAUCUUGGUUACAACUUUUCCGAUCUUGUGAGUAAGUUAACCCGGAUUCCAUAUGAUCGCUAUGAUCGCUGCGAUCGCUGAUAAAAAAAGUUCAGCGAUCGUUGCUCAUAUGGAAACCACUCUCCAACGAUCGCAGCGAUCAUAUGGAAACCGAACGGACCCUGGAUUUCCAAAGUUCAAAUCUCUAAACAUUUUCUGAGCAUAUUUAAUGUUAUCCAGGUUAUUGAACUAAAUAAUGAGUAUGAAACAAGGGAAAUAAAAUUAAAACCGAGGAAAAAAUUUGUGGCGUGAAAUUCGAGACGAAAGUCUGCGCAUAUCGGAAUUAGAGUUCGAGAGUCACUCUCUUUUCUUUUUUUAAGACAGUUUGUUCUUAGUUCUCUACCGUCUUUAAUCUCGAAGGCCUUUUUGCCUUCCGCACUCUGGAACCAAACUUCACACUUCUAUUCGGAUCUCAACGAGCAUUUGGUGAACGAUUUCCUCAGUUCUUGGAGUAUAAACAAACUUCAUUAACUGCCGUCAAAUACCAAAGACAAUAAACUGAUAUUGUCAUUUCUUGAUUUCCACACUCCAGUUCACCACUUCCACUGCUGAGAUCCUUUCUCUUUCUUUAUCUCGCUCAGUCGCCUUUAAUUCCACUUUUUUCCAUUUUAGGGACCUGCUCCGACGCUUUUGGUCUCGGGUGGCCUGGAGGGUUCACACUCCCCGAUAAGGCCUUCAGUGCCUCGACAGAAUACAGACCAAGUACAGUCGACAUAAUUAUAUCAGUAACACUCAGAUUUUAGUUUAAAGUUAUCUCGCAUCCCAGUAAAAAUAUUGAAUAUAUAAUGAUAAUAAUAUAGGUGGUCGUUUACAAGAGGUUCUGAUUAUAGAGAUUUGAAGUUCGACUGUAUUACCAUAAAAUACCAGGAUACCAUAGACUUAUAGUUAUGUAUGGUCCGCCAUAAGAAAAAUGGUUUAGGAAAAAAUAUCAGUUAAAAGAAACUGAUAAUUUUGCUAUGCAAAUAAAACCCAAGGAAGAGGAAAAUACCGUCUAAAUGAAAGUGGUCUGAUUAUAACUAUAGCGGCCACAUAUGGAAAAGGGCACCCGUCUUGUCAAAUUUAGAGGUCUUGCAUAAAUUAUCUGCUUCAGUAACAGAAUCAACCCAAACGGCUUUAAGCUCAGGCAUAUUUAACGAGUGUAUUCACACCCGGUUUAUUUCAGGUGGUUGGAGAGCAUCUGCGGACAAUGCCCGUCUUUACUUUGAGGACGAUCAGGAUAACAAACGAAUUGGGGCUUGGUGUGCAACAGAUCGAGAAAACCAGUGGCUGCGGGUUGACUUAGGAAAAACAAGGAAAAUACGAGCAAUUGCGACACAAGGUAAAUAGUACAGACCAACGUCAAAGACACAAUUACCAACGCCUGUUUACAAAAUUUACAAUUUCACUUUGUCUGUAUUUUUUUCCUCGCUACUGUUGUUGUUGUUAUUGUUUCUUUUGUUUUUGUUGUUGUUGUUUUUUUGUUCGCUUGUUUUUUCUUUUCAUUUGGAAAGUAAGAAAGGCCUACAUGUCUUGUCUCUGUUUUCCCUUGAGCAAGUUAUUCUUAUUCUAAACAAUUUCAUGAUUAGUGUGUAUUUCAAAUGAAGAAAAUAAAAUCGCCGUUACAUACGCAUUUAAAUCAACUGCGAAAAGUAAACAGUAACAAACUUGGGGCUUGCAUCUAUGACGGGAUUAUUCAGUGUUUUGAUCGCGCUUUGAUGUCUUUGAAGGUCGUGACGUUUUCCAUGAGCAUGUUAAGGAGUACAAACUGGCCUUCAGUAAUGACGGAUCCAACUUUGAAGUUUACAAAGAAAAUGGAAAUGAGAGGGUAAUGUGGCACUUAACUUAAAAUGAGUGUAUCCGAAUGCCGUUUCUCACACACCACUGGUAGCUACGCCAAGCCGACCUUUAUUCCAAAUUCAUAAAAAUGUACACGCAACAUACCCCUAGAAAGAUGGGACACGAACAAAAUUACAAAGUUGCACAUUACAUUCAAUCUACAAAAGUGAAAUCUUAGGGUGGGUGGGUGGAAAGGUCAGUAAUGGCGGACGCAACAAAAGCAACUGCCCGCCUUUCCGUCACACGACCUAUACCCAGAACCCCCGUGGUGUGUGAGAAAAGCAUUUUCCACUUAUUUCGUUACACUCAGCCAGGGGAAAAUUACCCUUAGUGGAGUGGAGUAGAACUUCUUUAUUUAAAGAAGGUAACACUUGACAGUUAUAAUAAGAAAUGAUAAACUUGUGGCCCUCGUUUAGUCCAUUUUGUUUAGUUCUGCCGGUUACGAAAGUGAACUCUUGAGCCGGGGAAGAAAUCACUUCCCACAAAGUCGGUGUCGAAAAAAUCAGAACGUUUCCAUUUUCGUCCGAGUCCAUUGCUUACGAUCUCGUAGUGAGAAACUAAGUUAUCGGAUAAAACGGUCAGUCCCAUGAUUUUUUAUUGGUCGAGUUAGCUUCGAGUUCUUCCGCUUUUACACGCAACUUUGAGGAAAUUAACCUUGUUUUCACAAGACAAGGCAAGGAAUGGUAAGCGGAAUCGGAACGCUUUUUUACUAGAUCAUAACGCUUUGCAAUUCGAAUUGAGACUCUGUCAGGCUGAACAGUUUUCACUGCGCAAUUUAUUGAAAUCCGUUUUAAACUACUUUAAUUUUGUCCAACAGUGCCUUCAUUAGUUGUUGGCUGUGUUGGUGAAAUGUUCUCUUACUGAAAAUAAAUGACUGAAAUUCGGUAAAUUUUGUGACACAGUGCCUUUGAACAAUAGUAAAUUAAUAAGUACAGCAACUUCAAAAACUUCAUUCCUUUAAAAUAAAGACUGCAAUGGGACAUCGGAUAAAAUCGGGUAAAUUGACUACUCUCUUGUAGAAUUUCAUCGGUAACUGUGACCAUUUCACACCUGUGAUCAACACAUUCAACCUCGUUACGGCAAGAUAUGUCAAGAUCCUUGUUGGAAAGUCGGCAUAUCCAUGCAUGAGGCUUGAACUUUACGGAUGUGACGUCUAA